CAUGCCCCAAAGCCUGCAAACCACUCAGUUCGUUUCCCGAAGGAAGCGGCGGCAUGGCUCCCGGCCUUUUCGCAAUAAUUACUCUGUCAAUAUAGUGCGCACCAACCGGUGUAUAGUACUUUCUGGCACCAGUUCAUGAUUGGACAUCGGAGAUCACAUACGGAGUGACAUAAGAAUUUGCAACGCCCAACAACGAAGCCCUGCUUCAUAAGAACAUGGCCGCCGUAGCCAUGAACCACAACAUGUCCUCCCUCCCCCGCAUAGGCCCCGGCCCUCUAGGAACUUCCGACCAAGAGGACGCACGACGCCAACAGUUUCGCCAGGAGAUGCAGAACGACAUGCAGCGGUUCCUAGCGGCACAAGCUCGGGAGAACCCGCGGUUGCGAAAUCUGCGGAAUAAGCAGAGCGAAGUUACGGAGUCGCCGUCGAAGGCGAACUCCUUCUUUAAUGGAGGUUAUGCGGAUGCGGGACAGCGUGGUCAACGGAAUGAUCCCCCGCAGAGAGGGAGGGAGAGUCCGCCGCCUCGGAAUCAGCUGGGAGGGGGUCGCGAUGAGUAUGGUGGUCGCGGUCAGCAACCGGAUUCGUCGAGAAGAUAUGCGGGAGCAAGCGAUUACCCAGAAGAGCGGCGGAGACAGCGGUCGUACGGUCAUGAUGAGGGCCCUUCACAUCAUCCAGAUUUUGGAAGAAUGAGCCAGCGGUCCGAACGCCCAAGCUACGCGUACUCCAGCCCAUACCAAUCCUCCUACGACUACCGCAGCCCCAUGCCCCCACCAUCAGAUCCCUACGGCGCCCCGCACUACUGGCGCCAAAUGCCCGACCGAAUGCCGCGAUCUGAAAGGCCAUACUGGGCCGACGGCCCAUACGCGAGUGGAGGGAUGCAUUCCCAGUCGUGGAGUCACCCGCCACCACCGCCUCGGCCGUAUGAAGCCAGUCAUGGCUACGACGAGCCGCCGCCGAGACGAAUGGACGCGCGGGCAGGACCGCAGUACCCACCGGAACCCCGCUACGACACCCAUUACGACGAACCCCCACACAACCAACCCCCACGCUCAACCGCCGACUCCCGAGACCCCGAUCGCCGAACCUCCGAAAAAUCCGACAAAGCGCGAGCAUACGCGGCCGACCUGGAACGCCAGAUCGAAGAAAAACGCCGCGCAAGCGAGCGCGAACGAUCCCACCGCCAGGCACCCUCCUACACGGGCUCCAACCCCAUCACCGGCGCGGCCGGACCCGAACCCAACACUAAUUACGCCAAAACAUCUAUCCGCAUGUCGCAGGGUUACGGGGUCACCGGCGGUGGCUCCUCCUCACUAAGCGGAGCAGUGCAACGGGGCAGCGAGCAAGGCAUCCCACCCCCACCUUCUUCAAAAUCAGAAUACCUACGCGAGCUCGACAUGCAAGUGCAGCUUAAACGGCAGCAGGCGGAGGAAGAGAAGCGGCAGCUGCGUUUGAGUGAUGAGAAGACGGAUCGGGAGGCGGCGAGUUAUAACCCGUGGGGGGAUCCGGGGCACUCGGCGGCCGUGAUGCAGGCGAGGAAUGCGGGGUAUGGCGGUGCUGCUGGGCAGGCGUCGCAGGCACCGCCGCCGGGUGCGUUUGUGCAGGGAGGGAGGUUUGGGGCUACGCCGACGCCCGCGGGUGGUGGGGCGGCUUAUCCGGGGCAUAAUCCGACACCUUCACCAGGGCCAAUGUUGCUUGCGAGUCAGCAGACACCGCUGCCUCCCAUCGGUGACCAAGCACCCAACUAUACCCGAGGACAGCGGAGAGACAUGCCUGAUUGGGAAAAAGAAGAGCUGAUGAAGAAGCAUCGGGUGCAGAACGAGCAUCAGGAAAGCCUCCGCCGCCAAAUGGCCGAACGCGAAGCCCAAAAAGCCGAACAAAUCGCCCUCGCAAAAGCCGAAGAAGCGCGCGAACAAGACCGGAUUCGCCGCGAAAAUGAAGAAAUCAAGCGCAAAUACGCGCGCGAGGAGGAGGAGGCGAAACGGAAAGACGAGGAAGCGAGGAAAGAGAAUGAGCGGAAAGCGGCCGAACGGGUGGCGGAGCAGGAGAGGAGGGAACGCGCGUAUAAGGAGGCGCAGGAGGAGGCGAGAAAGGCGAAAGCGGCGAUGAGGCAGUCAAAGAAUGGUGGAGGUGGAGCGCAAGAGCAACCUGGCAAUUACCCGACCACCAACCGUUCCAGCUCUCCUUCCCUCCCAACCCAUCAAACCCAACGAGCACCCGAAGCCAACGCGCCUCCUCCCGUUUUCCGCUCCAGUUCACCGCCCAUCCCAACCCUCCGAGGACAAGCCGCGCCGCCAUCCGGCCACACCGGCGCUCAUCAACCGUUCUCGGAACCUGCGGCGUUACGGCCCCCACCUCAAGCUGAACGCUACAUGGACCGCGGACAUAUGGAUGCAUCACGGCCUGGGCAUACCAUGGCGCCACCAGCAUCCUUGCCGCCGGAUCAGCAUAAUGCAGGAAGAAGAGCUGCAAGUGGACGAGCCGAGCGAGCACAAGGGAACGGAGGUUACAGCGGGCAGGUAAAUGUUUGAGUUUGAGUUGAUGCGCAAAUUCGCUCGAUGCGGUGCGAUCCUUUGGGAACCUUUUGGGCGUCUACCAUCCCCCGUGGUGUUGACGAGAGGAUUCUUGUCCCCUUUGUCAAUAUGCAAUGAAUAUACGCGACAUCUUCUGAAGUCUGUUCAUGACCAUUCG